UAAAUUUAUAAUGAAUUAUGUUCAGUAUAACAUGUAGCAAGAAAUUUUGCUGUAAUUUCAUAAGUGUGACGUUUCCCUUAAUAAUAAUCAAAUGUGUGUACAAAUCGAUAUAUGUAUAUAUAUCAAUGAGAGCAUUAUCGACUGGGGUAGUCGUCAUAUUUUUGAGGUAAUUUUUAUUAACCAUAUACGACUGUAUAUUAAGAGUAUUAGUCUACCUUAUAACUGUAAGCUUUAAGAAAUGUCUUUUAGUUAUUUAUAGUGUAUUAGUUGUUCUUAUCUAUUUGUUUUAGCUUUUAUUUGGAAAUCAUUUCAAGAGAAGUACUUUCGAUGUUAGCAGAGUAAUCAAGUUGGAGAUACCCACCUACGCGCUUAAAUACACAGAUUUUCACUAUUAUGAUGACUAAAAUUAAAUAUUGCUUGCAUGCUAAGGCCAUUGAGUUUUAACCACUCAUUUGAGUUUUUAACACUUCAAGGUCAUUCUAAGAAUCACAUGAUUGGUGGCUUUUUAGACAGCUUACUAAACAAACAACUGCGCUUGUUUCUAAGAUAGAAAUCUGAGACUCUAUUUUCAGUAAUUUGUAUUGAUAAAAAGCAAUUAGUUGUGAUCAAAAAGGGUUUUGAAAUCACGGUUAUUUUUUUACAAUUUCUUGAAAACAUCUAGCCACUUAUUCAUAUAUCCUAUAAGUAAUGCCUCGAUGUUUGAGUUCUGAAGAAUUAAUGGAGCUUUUCAAUGCGCUUGAUAAUAAUGGAGAUGGUGUUGUCAGUCGACAGGAACUGACUACAUGUUUAGUAAAAGCCGGAAUUUCCAUGGCGAAGGUCGAACAAGUCAUGAAUCAACUAGAUCUAAAUCGAGAUGGUUUUAUUACUCUUGAUGAAUUUAAAAUAGCUUUAGGAUUAAAUAAAGAACCUGCGGCUGAAUGGAGACGACUUUUCAUGCAAAUGGAUCAAGAUCGAAGUGGUGAAAUUGAUGUUAAUGAAUUACAAUCUUUAUUUGAUGAAGCUGGCAUGACUGUAUCACGUUCCGUAUUAGAUGAAUGGAUACGUGAAAAUGAUGUAGAUGGUAAUGGAAAACUUAAUUUUGAAGAAUUCUAUUCAUUUGUAUCAUCUAAUUUAUGAAUACAAUUAUUUUUCACAGUUUACAUAUUUAUGUAUUUCUUAUGAAAACAAUUAACCAACCAUAUUAAAGUUUAUGUUGUAUCUUUAUUGUUGUUGUUGUUGUGGUUGUAUUAAUUUUUUUGUCUUUUAAAAUAACAAAAAAAAUUGUAUCAUUUUUAGUUCAAUGAUCAAUAAUUGUGAUUAAAAUGAUUGUACUUUAUAUGCACUCUUUCUUAAAUUAUGAGUCUUCUUUAAAUGAUCAUUUAUUUUUAAUAGAAAGAAAUCAAAAAAAAAAUUAGAAGUUAUAUUGUAUCAUCUUAAAUAAUUGAAAUGUAGCUUUAUCACAUGAUUGAAUAAGCGGAAAGUUUCAAAACAAUAAUCUACUAUAUUACUAUGUAUAUUAACCUAUAAGAAAGUUUUAUACACAAUAACUAAUCAAUAUUUAGUAACUAAUGCAUACUAUUGGUAUAUAUUUAAAUUUAUGAUUUUGUAAUUCAAAAUAUCAUUGAACGAAAUAAAAUCUAGUGGGUAAUUUAUUAAAUGCUUGGUAAAACUAUCUGAUAUUUAUCCGAAAUCACUUCAUUAAAUUAUUUUGACUCAGAACUUAUAUUAAUUUGAGAAGAAGAGAAUAGUUUAAGACCACCAAUAAAUUCAAUGUCGAAUAAAGAAGCACUGAUCAGAUUAUUUCAUAAAUUAGAUGAAAGUGGUGAUGGAAUUAUUUCAUGUGAUGAAUUAUAUUCAGGAUUGAGUAAAGCUGGGGUUUCCUCAACUGUUAUAAAGAAAAUAAUGGAUCGUUUGGAUCUAAACGGUGAUGGAAAAGUUACAUUUUCGGAAUAUGAAAUAGCGAUUGGAAUCAAUAAUAACUAAAGAUGGAACUGUGUCUUACUGAUUUCAUGUAUCACCUAAAUAAAAAUAGAUAUAUACGAAAAUGUUUUUAAUGUUGUUCAUUGUAUUAUCUCGUUCAUGAAUUGUAUGACGCUGUCCUUAUUUAUUCCGGUAGAAGGUCUGUCAUUCAUCUGCAUGGUUACAAAAGAAAACAUCUUU